GGGUUUCGGAUUCAAGUGAAGACGCCUCUUCUCAGCCGUUGGGCCGCCCGUGGUCCGUGGUACCCAAACCGUUCUUGGGAAGCUCAACCUGCUGCCAACAUAACACUUCAAGUGCACCGGUCUUGGCACACCCAGUGAUUUCGAUCCACGGGCCAUGUCCUACAAUUACGGACCCCCUCCCCCGCCUCCUCCACCUGCACCAGCGAGCGGCGGCGGCUCGGCCGUUUAUCCGUCAUACGGACCUCCUCGAGGCGGACAGAGCGGCCGAGGCCGCGGUGGUUCCGAUCGUGGUGGCUAUCACCAAGGAGCCCCCCCGUACGGCUACGGCCAACAGCCAUCCUACGGACCCCAAGCCCCCGCGCCAUACUCCGGUCCUCCUGCCCAGGGUGGUUACUCCCAGCCGCCACCACAGUCGUGGCAUCCCGAACACGGACACCAACACCCCCCGCAAGGUGCGACACACGGCCCUUUGCCCGCCCAGAACUACCACCCGAACUAUGCGCCCCAAAUAUAUCAACAGCAGCCGGCAUACGGCGGCCAGCCCCAAUACCAACCGACCCCUCAGCCCCCUUAUGGCCAGCCAUACCCAGCACCUCCACCGCCCGCUCAGCAGUGGGCGGCCCAUCCCCAGCCGCCUCCGGCUCGUGGCGGUUAUGGCGCCGGUGGGCGCGGGGGGCGUGGCGGUUACAACGAUCGAGGGCCACCGCAAGGACAAAUGAUGGGCCCUCCGAUCCGGAUGGGUUUUGAUGGCAGCCAGCCGCAGACCCCUCCCGCUCCAGCGAGCGCACCGUACCCGUAUGGCGCUCCUCCGGCUGCCCCAGCGCCGUAUCAUGCCCCUUACCAGGGCUAUCCUCCUCCGGCUCCCUAUAUGCCUGCCCCUCCGUCGUUCGACGGCGGCCAUUCUGGUCACGGGUCUCGCCACCACGGCCGAGGCGGAUUUCACCAGAACAAUAAGUCUCGCCCCCAUUUCGGUGGCGACAAGAACCGCGGGCGCAACCAUGGCCAGAACAAGGGCCCGACCGCUCAGACGCCUCCUACCCAACACCAGAAGCCUGAUGCUUCGUCUGCUGGGAAGAAAAAGAAGCGGAAGACAAACACGCUCGGCUUGACGCCCGGGGACGACUCGGGGGAUGAUGACGAAAACGAGGAGGAGCGUCUCAAUGAGAUGUACGGUGCCGAUGCUCCAAACCCCCAAACGCCGUCGGACAUUGCUGCGUGGAUUGCCGAACGCCGCGCCAAAUACCCCACGAAAGCCAGGAUCGAAGCCAAGAAAGCGGCCGCCAAGGCUCAGAACGGAGAUGGCCAACAAAGCAAAGGUGAUUCCCUGGAGCAAAAAGCUGAAAAGCUCAGGAAACAGCUGGAAAAGGUCGAAUCGAGCAUCAAGCGAAAGCGCGAGCAGCAGGACGAGGGCGAUGACAUGAGAGACAUCGAUUUGAGCUCUCCGUCGAGCGAUAUCAAGUCGGAUGACGAGAAACCCGAAGUCAUGUCGACUCGUCAGGAGCCGAGCAAUGUCCCCCCACCACCAAAAAAGGCAGACCCUACCAAACAUUGCAAGUAUUACUCGACCGGGGGUACAUGUGGCAAGCGGGGCAAGUGCCGCUUCGUUCACGACCCCGCAGUUCGCGAGGCUGCGCUGAAGGAGCGCGAGCUGAACGGUGGGCGCAUUACUCUUCAGCAGCGCAUCACUCUAAAUGACAAGGACCAGGAAGAUCUCGCGAUCGUCGAGACGCUCAAGUACCUCCAGGAUAAAGGUAUCCUUCCCAAGAAGGUGGUGCCCCCUGCCACCGAGGCGUCGGGAGAGCAGCCCGAGCAUACCGCAGCCGAGACCGGGUCGACGGCUGCCCCGGCGGAUGCCGAGUCCAGCAACGGUCUGCCGCCCAUCCCGCCGCAGCCCAAUUCUUCGGAUGACGACACAACUAAGUAUCCCGGUUGGAACCUGAGCGGCUUCGGCAACACAGGCGUCAGACCGGGUGAGUAGAGCUCAUCAGUUCUGCGUCGUAGAACCAACGGCAACCGCUGUGCUGCUCGUCCUAACCGCCGGAAAUCUCGGCGCCGAGGCGCAGGCCGUCG